AUGGAUGGAGAUGAUACCCUAAACAUCGUCCCAUCUUACUUGCUCCCUAGCGCUGCUCUCUUCUUCGCAGCCUUCUCCCUCAUCGGCUCCCUGCCAUCCCUGGUCCCCGCUUUCGUCUCUAACGAGGAUGCAGCUGGGCAGACACAGCGUACUAGGGCAAGGAGGGUGCGAGAGAGACUGGAUAGAGAAGUCGAUCUGAGCGAUGCUGGAUACCGUAGGCAGCGGAUGAGGGUGCGCGCCUUGAUGGGCCUGGCUCUCCUUGAGGUCAUCGGAUGGUCCAUCGCGACUGGCCAUGAGCAGGACUGGGCCGUCAAGGGGGCUACGACGAUCGCCUGGGCAGCUAUACUCCUUCGUCUAACGCUGCAUAGCAACCACACUCCCUCCAUCAGACUCCUCGUCGCCCUUGUUGCCCUCUUCCUGGCCUCGCUGCAGCAGAGCCUUGAGUACCUGCCACGACCAAGUCCACGCCGCCUCGUCUACCACGCCAUCGACCUCGCCAACCUCGUCGUGUCAAUUUCUAUCGUUCUCAGCAUGCCCAUGGCACCUGGAGGCUGGGAAGCAGUCGUUGACGAAGAAGAGAGACAACGGAUCAAAGCGGGCGCCAUCGUCGAAGAGCAAGAGGAUCUCGUGGCUACGUACGAUGCCUGCCCCACAACGCCGGAGGACUACACUUCUCUCUUCGCCUCUUUCACAUACAAUUGGAUGAACGGCAUCAUGGCGCUAGCAAAGAGUAGGCCUUUGCUCCCAGCCGACAUCUGGCGACUGCACGCUAUCAAUGAUACGCGCCUUCUCUGGGCCAGAUUCAAGCAAACGGCGCCACAGCGACGCCUCGCGUUUCGUCUCGUCAAAGCCAAUGCGCGCGACGUCUCCCUUGACUUUGUUUACAAGAUCAUCAGCGUUUCCUUCGACUAUGCAACAGUAUACCUCCUUCGAGCAAUCCUCGAGUCCGUCUCUGCCGCCGCAGCCGCAGACGAAGAAGGAGCACCACCUCCGCCUCCUGGACAAUGGACGCAGAGGCAGAGGGCCUUCGUCUUCGCGCUGGCCAGCCUUUUGCUUAAACUCGCGCAGUACAGCUUCAACCUUCUGAACUUUCACCACGCGAGGCAGGUGGGCAUGAGAACACGCUCAAUCAUGGUCGCGGAGCUGUUUGAGAAGGCGCUCAAGCGGCGCAGCAUGGCCGGCGUGGUAUCUACGAAGGCAGAUCCAAAGGCGAAAGGGACAGAUGCUUCAACCGACGAGAGCAAAUUCAAGUCUUCCGAAGAGCGGCAAAAGAAAGAGGACGCUUCGACUGCCGGCGCCGACGUAGGCAAGCUCGUAAAUAUCAUGUCAAGCGAUACGAAUACCCUCCUCCGUCUAGGCUGCGAUGCCCACCAACUCUAUGGUGCUCCCUUUGAAGUCCUCGUGGCUGUCGUUUUCCUCUACAACAUCCUGGGCUGGUCGGCCCUGGCAGGCUUCUCCGUCUUUCUCCUCUCGACGCCCCUCAACUACCUACAGGGCAGGCAGAUGGUAGGCUUCCAGCAGAGAUGGAAGCAGGCUACUGACAGGAGGAUGUCACUCGUCUCGGAGCUGUUGGGCGCGGCAAGGUUUGUGAAGCUGCAGGGUGUGGGCAGCCAGUGGGAAGGCAGGAUCGUCGAAGCGAGGAAGAAGGAGAUCAGGGCUCUCCUCGGAGUGAGGAUCGUGCAGCUUGGCUUUGCUGUUACAUAUAUCUUUCUGCCCUAUCUGGUCACCUUGGUGUCCUUCUUUUUCUACGUGGUCGUGCAAGGGCAGACCCUCACUGUACCAAUCGCGUUCACCUCUCUCGCCCUCUUUCAGAUGCUACGCGGCCCCCUCGACACUCUGCCCGCCUUCCUGCAGAACAUCCUCGGCGCAAUCGUCUCUCUGCGCCGUCUCGAGGGGUUCAUGGGCGAGGAGGAAGUCGAUGCAAGCGUAUCGGCCCUGGCUCGACCCACUUCUACGUCUACCGCGUCAACAUUCACACAAUCCACCUCCUCGCAGCCGAUCUUGAUCAACCAAGGCUCGUUCGCAUGGGACAGCGCCCGUACCACCCUGCGUGACAUAACCAUAGCCUUCCAACCAGGCACGCUCAACGUGAUCGCCGGCCCGACGGGCUGCGGCAAGUCUAGCCUGCUGGAAGCCGUUCUUGGUGAGAUGAAAAAGACCUCUGGCAGCCUAGAUCUUCCCAAGUGGAGCGUAGAUGGCACUGUUGGCUCAGGCCUCUCGUACGCGCCCCAAUCUCCCUGGAUCGAAGGUGGCAAGUCCAUCAAAACCAACAUUCUCUUCUCCUCGCCCUAUGACCAGGCCCGCUACGAGAUGGUGCUGGACGCGUGCGGCCUACGCGAAGACCUUGCUCUCUUCGAUGAAGGCGACGAGACGCGCGUCAGCAACUUGACGCUUAGCGGAGGUCAGCAGGCUAGGAUAUCUCUCGCGCGAGCCAUGUAUGCGCCCUCACACACCGUGUUGCUCGAUGAUCCGCUGGCGGCCGUGGAUGCGCAUGUGCAGCGGCUGAUCGUUGACAAUGCGCUUACCGGCCCGAUUGCAAGGGGAAGGCGCAUUUUGCUCGUCACGCACCAUGUAAGCGUUGUCGCUAGGCAUGCAGACCAUUUCGUAUUCAUGCGAGAUGGUGCGAUUGAAGCUCAAGGAGACUUAGAGACGACGCAGGCGCUGGGAAAGGUCGGGCAGAGUGUUAGCAGAGCAGAGAGCUCUGCGGGCCCGUCUGGUAGCGGUACGCCUCGCAGUGCGGGAUCAUCCCCGCCUCUCGAGGGCGAGGAGCCAGUCGCGGCAGCCACAGACGCAGCUCCUGCGGGAGACGUCAGUAGGACAAAGCCCGGCUCCAAGCUUCUCUACGACCUCGAAAAGCGUCGCGCUGGCGCGGUCCAGCUCUCACUCUACAAGAUCUACCUCAAGGUCUCCUCUCCCAUAUUUUGGGGGGUGAUCAUCGCUCUGACCCUUCUCAACCGCCUGAAUACAUUCAGCGAACAAUGGUGGCUCGCAGCAUGGGGUGAUGCAUCCUCACCACACCGUUCAGGCUUGAAAGCUCGUCUGCCCCCUGCGGAAGGUCAUGCUGGAUAUUACCUUGGCGUUUACGCCUGCAUCGCUCUGGCCAUUGUCGUCAACAACGCCAUUCGGACGAUGAUCUUCUGGUACGUGACCAUUCGCGCAAGUCAGAGGCUCUACAGACAACUCUUGUCUUCGGUACUGGGCGCGAAGCUACGCUUCUUCGAGGUGAAUCCCCUCGGCCGCAUCCUCGUCCGAUUCAACCAAGACGUCAAUGUGCUGGAUUCGGACCUGCCAAACACGGUCUACCUCUUCCUUCGGCUGGUCCCUGGCAUCAUUGGGUCACUUGUCAUCUGUGCCGCUCUCGUGCCCUCCUUCCUCCUCCCGGCCGCACUUCUCUUUUGGUACGGGUCGAGAUACGUAAGAGGCUUCAUUGCUGCUUCGAGGGAUAUCCAGCGCAUAGAGUCGACAAACACCUCUCCGCUCUUUUCUGCAUUCUCGACUAGCUUGGCGGGCGUCACGACCAUCAGAGCUUUUGGUGCUGAGAGGGUCAGGCUAGAGGAGAUGCUCAAUAUCAUCGACGUCACCUCCGCCACCUGGUGGGCGCGCUGCACAAUGGACGUCUGGCUCCAAUUUCGGUCCCAGAUCCUCUCGGGCUGCGUCAUCUUUGCGGUCACCGUGUGCGCCCUCCUGGGCGGCGUACCGGCCAGCAGCGUAGGCAUUGCGCUCACAUCAGCCGAGUCCCUCGCCAUGUGGUCUACCUACCUCUGCGACAGCUACAAGCAGCUAACCAACAACUUCAACUCACUCGAGCGCAUAACGGAGUACUGCGAUCUUCCCUCCGAGUCCAAGAAGAAUGAGCGCGAGCCGCCGGCCGCAUGGCCUUCUGCGGAGGGUGGAGUGGAGAUCGAAGACCUGUCGCUGCGGUAUGAUGAGGGCCUGCCGGACGUGCUGCACUCUGUCGACCUUUCGAUCAGCAAGGGCGAGAAGAUCGGCAUAGUAGGCAGAACGGGCAGUGGCAAGACUACGCUUGUCUCAGCCCUUUUCCGCAGCCUUGAGCCUCGCACAGGCCGAAUAGUCAUAGACGGCAUAGACGUGUCCACCCUCCGGAUCGAGGCGCUACGCUCGCGGCUAGCCUUGGUACCACAAAGCCCUAUCCUCUUCUCAGGUACAUUGCGCAGCAAUCUGGACCCCUUCGAAGAGAAGACGGACGAAGAGCUCCGCUGGGCUCUCAGGCACGUUGGCGUGCCCGAUGAUCAUCCCACGCUACAGCUCGACGCCCCCGUAGCCGCUUCCGGCGCCAAUUACUCAGCAGGCGAGGCCCAGCUGCUGAGCCUUGCCAGGGCACUCCUUCGUGACGCUCGUUUAGUGGUUCUGGAUGAGGCUACAAGCUCCACGGACUCGCAGACGGAUGCACAGAUCCAGCGUGCCGUGAGAAGCCUGCAGAGCAGCAUUGUCAUUACGGUUGCGCAUCGCCUUGCGACCAUCCUGGAUUACGAUCGUGUAGUUGUCAUGAGGCAAGGGAGAAUUGUGGAGUGUGGAGCGCCGAGGGAAUUGCUGAGGAAGGAGGGGGAGGAUGCGGAGUUUAGGAGAAUGUGCGAGACAGCGGGUGUUGCGAUAGACGAGGAUCAGGCUGGCUCGUCAUCACGAUAG